AUCUCCAUGAUGCUUUACGCGCUGUUACAGACAUCAACCCGUUCCAUCCGGGUCCGUCUGUAAGAAGCACUGCACCGUCCGACUUCCUGCCGAAGCCCGCCGUCGUCCGCGUCCGCCGUUCUUCGCCGUCUAUCACACGGCCACCGGCGCAUGCACGGGCCCAGAUAUACCUAGGAUACACACAUUCGGGAUCAUGUAGCACAACCUAACAUAACCGGAUCCGGUGUUUUCCCUCCCCUUCUUCAUAUGAUCAAAUCCAGCGAUGCGGGCCUCUCCCCGGCUCUCGUCGAGACGGUCGCCGGUCUUUCGGCCGGCUCUAUGGCCACUCUGAUUGUUCAUCCGCUUGAUAUUGUCAAGACUCGGAUGCAGGUCCACCGAAGUAGCCCAACCAACCCAUCGGCAGCGCUCACCACCGUCUCCGUCUUCCGGAGUCUAGCGCAAACCGACCGGCCCCUCGCCGCCCUCUACCGCGGCCUGACCCCGAACCUCAUCGGCAACGCGACCAGCUGGGCCUCCUUUUUCUUCUUCAAGUCCCGUUUCGAGCGACUCAUCGCCCAUCUCAAGGCCCCCCCUCCUUCACUUCCUUUAGCCCCAUCGCUGCCAACCUCACCUCUAGGUGAAUCUACUCUCUCCCAAAAUGUAACCACCCCGAAGAAGGAAACCCAAGCCCAAAUCAAAUCCCACCUCUCCCCCACCGACUUCUUCGCCGCCUCCCUCCUCGCCGGCGCCGCCACGCAAAUCAUCACCAACCCCAUCUGGGUGCUCAAGACGCGCAUGCUCUCCACCGACCGGCUUGCCGCGGACGCCUAUCCGUCCAUGUUCUCCGGCGCCGUCCGUUUAUUCAAAAGCGAAGGGAUCCUCGGUUUCUACCGCGGCCUAGGGGUGGGCAUGCUGGCCGUCAGCCAUGGGGCGGUGCAGUUCGCUGUGUACGAUCCCGCUAGGAGGAUGUAUGUCGCUUCUAGGGAUGCUAAGCGACGACUUAGGGGCGAGGAGGUGGCUUUGGAUGGGGAGAGUGAAAGGAUAUCGAACGAGGCGACGAUUGUGCUUUCUACAGUCGCCAAACUGGUCGCGGGCACGGCGACGUAUCCGUUGCAGGUGAUGAGGGCGAGGUUGCAGCAUCAUCUGGCGGAUGAGUUGUUUGGCCGCGGGAUAGGAGGGGUGGUGGCGAAGCUGUGGAGGGAGGAAGGGUUUAGAGGGUUUUAUAGGGGGAUGAUGCCUGGUGUGGUGAGGGUGCUGCCGGCGACGUGGGUGACGUUUUUGGUGUAUGAGAAUGUCAAGUAUUACUUGCCCAAGAUGGUAGGUGGUGUUUAAGAAAGGGGGUGAGUGGUACGUGAUGGGGAUAGAGGCAGGGAGUUGGCUGUGCUGUUCUUGUCCGCCGUCAGCCAUGGGCGGUUUUUGUGUAUCAUCAUCAUCAUCUUGUAUUAUUGUGUGUAUACCUAGAUACAUGUAUUAUCAACCUAUAGAGGACAUGGAAUUCACAAAAACGAGGUUUUGACAGCCACGACGUCGGGGUUGAGGCUGGCCCGCCGUCAUGAUACCUGAUGUUAUGAGCUACUUCACAUCUUCCA